GGUGGAGAGAAUGUGAAAAUUAUUCGCAAUACGUACAUUUUCUUCUUUAGAGCCAUGGAUUAUAGAGAAUAAAAACCGCAUCGCAAUCGAAGUUAAGAAAAUGGCUGCCCCCGUUGUGAAACUUGCGAGUCACUGUGCCAGUGCAAAGUUAUUGUGGAGAGUGCCACAGCACGCAGUAAGAUUAGGCCAAGUGACAAAUGGAAAUGUCACACACUUGGCACAGAAUCAACUGGAUGUCAGACUAGUACAGGCUAGGAGUUACUCCCAACAACCACAGAGGAAAGGCUUCAUAGGACAGUUCAUUGAAAACAUCAAACUGGACAUGGCCAAGAAUAAAGAGAUGAAGGAAAACAUCAAGAAAUUUCGAGAGGAAGCUGAAAAACUGGAAAAGUCUGACGCUCUUCAGCAAGCAAGGAAGAAAUAUGAAACUAUUGAAAUGGAAACAUCCCGGGGAACUGAUGCUCUGAAGAGAACGGUGUCAGAUAUCAAAGAUAAAGUACAGAAGGGGGUGGAGGAUGUACAGAAACAAGAAUGGGCCAAGAAAGCAGGGAGCAUCACCGAGGACAUCAGCAAAACGGCCAAGGGGGCGGCAGAGAAGGUCAGCAGGCAAGGGGAGGAGCUCACCAAAACGGCCGCCUACAGGACAAUCUCAGAUAGUGUCAAAGCUGUUAAGCAGGAAAUUGAUGAGAGUACCACAGCAAAGGCAAGACCAUACAGAGCACCUGUAAAACUCCGCAAGCGAACAGAUGGAUUUGCAGAUGGACAAGAAUCAAGGAGAAUAUUUGAAGCCAAUGAGGAUGCUACGGGUAUGGUUCUACACAAAGAUUCCAGGUGGUACAAACAAUGGAGCGAAUUCAAGGAGAACAGUCAUGUCUUUAAUAAAAUGUUUGACUUGAAAAUGCGGUAUGACGAGAGCGACAACGUGGUAGUGCGGGCUUCCAGGGCAGUCACCGACAAAGUCAGCCAGCUUCUAGGUGGUGUAUUCUCUCCAACGGAAAUGUCAGAGGUCCUAACCGAAAUCCUCAAGGUGGAUCCACACUUUUCAAAGCAGGAAUUCCUUUAUUUAUGUGAGCAUGAAAUCAUACCAAAUGUUCUUGAGGCCAUGAUACGAGGCGAUUUAGAAGUACUCAAGGAUUGGUGUUACGAAGCGCCGUAUAGCCAGCUUGCCACACCAAUCAAACAAGCUAAAGCAAUGGGCUAUAUGUUUGAUAAUAAAAUUCUGGAUAUCGAUAACUUAGAUCUUUCUAUGGGUAAGAUGAUGGAACAAGGUCCUGUCUUAGUCAUCAGUUUCACUGCACAGCAGCUCAUGGUGGUCCGCAAUACUAAAGGAGAACUUGUCGAGGGUGAUCCGGACAAAGUGCUGCGGGUGACCUACGUCUGGGUGCUGUGCAGGGACCAGGAGGUUCUGGACCCCAAUGCUGCCUGGAGGCUGCUGGACCUGUCGGCGAACACGGCCCAGCAGUGGGUCUGAUUGCAGGGAUGCAUGGCCAGGAUGCCGACUGAAGCUCAGAUCCAGGGCCGACGGGUUGAGGCAUGCACCAAUGCCAAAUGGGGCUGGGAGCUUUUCAAGUCUGACAAAUUCCUGGUGUAUGUUGCAAUUGAUAAACAAUAUUUGUAAAGGAAAUCAUACUUUUUUUACCCAGUGUAAGUAAUCAAGACUAUCACAGAACAAGACAAGACCAUUCACAGGUAACAGGGUGAACAGUGGCAGAUAUUGCUGUUGUUGCAGUUCAUUUUAACAGCUUGUAGCCUGCGUUUAGACAAGCGGUCUUGUGUUGGUCUUCAGGGGUCUUGACUAUAACACUGCCAUCACCCCCCCCAUCCCCUGCAAGGAGGUCAGCGAGACUUGACAUAAUCACCCAAAACCCAAGGAAGAGUUCACAUACAUAUGGCAUCAAUACAGCCACAUCCAAAUUCCACGGCUACAGCUAGCAGUGACACACAUACAUGCUCAUGGCAGCCACCAGCCAACAACUACGUGCAUUUCCCCAUAGAAGCAUGCUUCAUUCCAAGCCAUUGGCCAAGUUAUUUGGAUGAGGUCUGUGCUGUCUAAAGCUUUACAGGAAAGCCUGGAGUCGGGCUUUUGUAGGAGGAGCUGCAUUCCUUCCUCCAGGUACUCCCCUGCCCCUCUUGAUGGUUCCUUGUCUCAUCCUCCCAUAAACCAAGUAGUGCAUUUAUUGAAAUAAAGAAGAGGGCUUUCUCCUCCCACAAGUGGUCAGAGCCAUCCCUACCACAAUGAUGUUUUUAGAGAGUACUCGUAUGACACUAUGACCUGUUUCAAGUGGAACACAUUUUGUUGAGUGCAAGUUAAAUUUUAAGAUGGCUUUUAAAUUGAUUUAUGUGAAGACCUAACACACUGAAUUUUUUUGCGAAAACAGCAAUGCAUGUAGGCAGAGGAAAAACAACAGGGCACAGAAAUAAUUUCGCAUUGAGCUGUGCUUGGUCAAGCUGAUUGUAGAGUAUGGGAUUUGCAUUCCUGAUACUUAGACCUCUUACACAAUAAAUUGGAACAGAAAUAUAACAUGCUGCAUUCACAAUUUCAAUUUUAUGAAUUGUUGAAUUUUUAAUAAAUAUGGGUAUGCCAGUUUCCUUGCAAGAAAA